GGGCUGGGAUCCGGGUGCCCGAGUCGCCCCCGGGGAGGCCGUUCCCGUUAACCUUAGCUACAAAGUCAAAGUAAUGGCUUACUGCACGCAGAGCCUGUACUGGGUGCUGGGGAGAGAGAAGCAUCCCCGGUUAAGACGCCUGUCACCCGGCCGUGGAGACAGCAGCACCAGUGAUGACAGCCCAUCCCUGCAACCGCACAGGGUUGGACGGUGCUCAGGCCAAACAGAACAGGCUGUGGGCAGCCCGGUGGACCUACAAGGCCUUCCCAGCCAAAGUGCUCCUGGUCUGGGCUGAGUCGAAGAGCCCGCAAGGCCAUCCCAGGACCUGUCACAGGCCUUCAGAUAGGUGUGCAGUUAGAGACCCACACAUCUGAACUGAGGCCAUGGCUAGAAAAGCUCUUGGGAAAGAGAUCACGCGUUCUACUGCCUGGGAAGCACAGUACCGUCCUCCUCCCAUAGGCCAAUUCUCCUCUUCGCUUCCAUCUCACCCCUACAUGGCAGGGCAGGGACCCAGCCAGUGCUGACUCCGUGGGAGACCUCCAGGGAUGGAGAGCGGCCAGCCUGGUGACAGCACAGGAGAUGGGCUGGUGAUGAAGAUUAAGCAAGAGAAGCCAGAGCGGCUGCUGCAGACGCUGGCGGGGCAGGCCGCGCUCCCGGAGAAAGAUAAGGAGAACAUCUGCCAGCAGCAUCAGAGCCUCCCAUCAUGCCAGGCCAUGGGGCGGCUGCGGGCUCUGGGGGCGAAGGAGGAGCCCGGAUGUCCAGGGUGGGCCCCUCCCCCUGAGCCCGAAGUGAGGCUGGCAGGCCGGGCCCCGGGGACAGCUGUAGGCCCUCUGAGCCCCGCACUUUCAGCGGGCGUGGGUCACUUUGUGUGCGUGGACUGCGGGAAGAGGUUCAGCUGGUGGUCGUCCCUGAAGAUCCACCAGCGCACCCACACCGGGGAGAAGCCCUACCUGUGCAGCAGGUGCGGCAAGAGCUUCAGCCAGAAGCCCAACCUGGCUCGCCACCAGCGGCACCACACGGGCGAGAGGCCCUUUUGCUGCCCCAAGUGCGCCCGGCGCUUCAGCCAGAAGCAGCACUUGCUCAAGCACCAGAAGACGCACUCCCGACCCACCAUCCACUCGUGUCCCGAGUGUGAGCGCUCUUUCCGCCACCAAGUGGGCCUGCGCAUCCACCAGCGCGCACAUGCCCGGGACCGCCAGGGCGCACGCACAGGCCUGCAGGAGGCGCUGCGGAACCCGGCGGUGCGCAACCCGGCGGUGCGCAGGGCCUGUCGCUUGCGGCCAGGGCCACCUCGAGGGCGUCCCGAGUGGGCCUGGCUAGGGUUGUGCCAGGGCUGGUGGAGCCAGCCUGGGUCCCAGAUCUCAGUCCCAGGCGCCUCGGGGCCCGGCGGGGAGCAGCGCCAGUUCAUCUGCAACGAGUGCGGCAAGAGCUUCUCGUGGUGGUCGUCGCUGAACAUCCACCAGCGCAUCCACACGGGCGAGCGGCCCUACGCCUGCCCCGAGUGUGGGCGCUGCUUCAGCCAGAAACCCAACCUCACACGGCACCUGCGCAACCACACCGGGGAGCGGCCACACCCCUGCCCGCACUGCGGCCGCGGCUUCCGCCAGAAGCAGCACCUGCUGAAACAUCUGCGCACGCACCUACCCGGCGCGCAGGCAGCUCCGUGCUCCCGCUGCGGGCAGAGCUGCUCCAGCCGCGCCGCGCUGCGCGCCCACCAGCGCGUGCAUGCGUCCGAGCGCCCUGGGCCCGAGCUCCUGGAUGGGGAGUUGCGCCCUGAGCCACCCACCGAGGGCCCCGGGAGCCCGGACUCUGUACAGCUCUGCAGUCCCCAGGGGACAGGGCACCGUGCUGUGUGGGGCCGGGGCCGCUCAGGCGUGGCAGGGCCCAGCGAGCAGCGCCAGUUCAUCUGCAACGAGUGCGGCAAGAGCUUCUCAUGGUGGUCGGCGCUCACCAUCCACCAGCGCAUCCACACGGGCGAGCGGCCCUACGCCUGCCCGGAGUGUGGCCGCCGCUUCAGCCAAAAACCCAACCUCACACGGCACCAGCGCAACCACACCGGGGAGAGGCCCUACGUGUGCGCUGCGUGUGGCCGCGGCUUCCGGCAAAAACAGCACCUGCUCAAGCACCAACGCGUCCACCGCGGAGCCCUGGCGCCCCGGCCUUGUGCCUCCCAAGAGGAAGAGGAAGGGGCGUUGUAGUGUGCGUGUGCGGUGCAUGUGGGGACCUGGGAAGCCUGGCAGGCUGGCACUUCUCACAAGACCCAUGCAAAAGGUAGUUCCUCCAGGCGCUGAGACCUGAGAACAGAAUUCCAGCAGCAUCCCGAGGGUGCUUGGCAAAGCGCCCAGGUUGUGCUGAAGGAGGAAUUGAGAUCCGCUCUCCCCACAGAGCCUGGGCCCCACCGUGUGCUGUGCACCUCCAAGAGGUGGACCUCAGGCCUCUCGGGCUCCGGGUGAGCGGCUGUUGGGGUCCCUGAGAGAGGUUCCUGGCAUGAAAUGGCCAGGACCGGUAAGCUGCAUCCCCAGCCUGCCACACUCGGGCUGCAGGGUUGCCUACGGGUUGUCCCCAUGGGAUGGUGGCCACAAGCUGGGGACCAAGGAUGGAGCAGAGGUGGUGGAUAGGGAGGGGCAAGCGUAUUUCCAACACCAAGGACGCUGUUCGCCCUUAAUGACCAUCCAGUAAAUGUUUCUGGAGAGCUGCAUAGUGUGGUGUUCCUUGUCCAAGGCCGAGUGUCCCCGCUGCCCAGGGUGCUGGGGAUAGUGAGUGGCUUACUUGACUGACGUGGGUCCUUUUCCUCCCAGGAGUUGAGAAGAAUGCAUUCCCAUGGUCUCAGUGUCUCUGAGCCACCCUUGCUGAAGCCUGGGUCACACACUGCUCCAGGGGACCCAUCUGCCCAGAACCCGGGCAGGGAGCUCUUGCCCUGAGCACAGCAACGCCCCUCUGCCAGCUCUUGUCCCAGGUGGGGGACAGUUCCCCCCGUCUCUCCUUCCAGUCUGUUUGGUAUCUGUUCCCACAUAAGCCUGGGCCACUCGCCCGCUCGGCUCACCUUUCCUGCUCCAGUUCUUUGAUCACAAACUGAAAUCCCACCGUGAGUGAGGUGUGGCGGGGUCACUGCCCACCUCGGUGCUCUCAGGAUCAACACAAAGCCAAACCAGAAGGGUUUUCCUGGGCGCCCCUUUGAGCCUCGCCAGCCCUGGGUGCCCCCUGCCUUGCCCUCAGGCCCUGCCCCUCCUACAGCUCAUUUCCCGCCUGCUUUGUCCUGCCCAGAAAGUGCCCAGGGCCCUUGGUCAUAUUAAAACCUAAUCUAGCUGUAGAGGACACUUCAAAGUCACUUGCUUCCUUCUCUUUGCUGCUUAGCAAAUCCUGAAGCCAAUGCAAGCAAGCUCACCCACAGCAGGGAGGCAUGUCCGGCACCAUCCUUCCCUCCUGGGUGGGAGCCAGGACCCACAGGUCGGACCUGAAGAAACACUGGGUCACCGCAGAGUCCGGUAGGGCAGAUGCUGAAAAGAUCAAACUGGCAGGGCUGUCCUCCAGUAGAACGUGUUCGUUCCACAAAUGGCGUGUGUUUGACAAUAAGUCAGAGUGCAGUGUUGGUAGAACUGGGUGUGAAUGAGGCCUAAUCGCAGCUCCCCGCUCCUGCAAAUUCAUGAGGAUACCUGCUCACUUUCCCUGGGGGACCAACUCACACACCAGUGCUUUGGGUUGUAAGGGGGCAGGGCCAAAUCCCCUGGGGUGAUGAGUUACCAAUGCGUGCGCCCACUGAUCAGCUCAGGCCUACUGUGUGCCAGGCAUGUUAGCAGACUUCUGGAAUGCUGCCAUGAGUGAGACAUUGUCCCUGCCCUUGAGCUCGAAGAGCUUCAUGGAAAAGCAUCUUGAUAACACACAUGACUUGGAAAAUCUACAUGGUUAACCUGGGACAUCGCAGCAAGGCUUUCAGAUUCCUAAUCUCACGUGGCUGGUGAUGUUGGUAGGCGGUGAUGUCUCCAUUUGCUAGGAAAAUGAGGCUGGGCCAGUGUGACUUGUCCUUUGUUGCAGACAGAUGGUCGGUCCCAGGCCUCCUGUUAUCCUGCAUCCAGUAUCAAAAUCAUGGACUUCUCCAAGAGCGGCACGGCACUGUCAACUCCAGUUUUCUUUCCCUUUCAUUUUAAAGUGAUAACAGCGGGUCAGAAUAUUUCCGAAGAGAUGUCUCAUAAAAUCAAAGACGCGAUCA